AUGGCCUUCCGCACCGGGUCCUUCGCGACCUUCCUGAUCGUCUGCCCAACGGCCUUCUUCCUCGGAAUCAUCUUCUCGCUCCUCCCCUACGACUACCCGAUCCUAUGGUCCAACCACCCGACACCGCCGACACACUAUGACUACUUCGAAGCGCACCUGCGCUUCCUGCACGCCUCGCCGCCGCUGAUCCCGCGCAUUCUGCACAUCGUGAUCUUCCUGGGCCUGCUGGGGCUGAUCCUCAAGCUGUACAAGCCCUCCGAGUCCAACAUGCUCUUCGACGGCGCGUCGCUGGUGCUGUACAUGUGCGGCAUCACGGUGUACAUCGCCAACAUCGUCAAGGGGCUGCGGCUGGUCAGCGCGGGCAAGUACGGGGAGGACCUCGCCAGUAACGACGAGGACAAGGGCCAGAUCCUGGGCCGCGAGGAUUCGCUCAAGGUGCUCGCGGCGAGUAAUACUAUCCUGGCGUUGGUGUUGAUCGGCGUGUUGGUUUUGCAGGCCGGGCAGUGGUAUGCGGAGCGGAAGGAUGCGCAGGAGGUCGAGGAUAUGCAGGGGAAGAAGGGGGCUGCUGCUUCUGGGGAGGAGGCGGAGGGGGUUAGUUCGGGGGUGAAGGCCAAGGGGGCGGCUAAGAAGAGGAAUUGA